AUGACGCAAGUCACCGCCACGGCUGUUCCUACACUCCCACGUGACUGCGCUGAGAUUCAGACUGGUGGACUAUCCCAUCUCAGUGGAGUGUAUCCCAUCUAUCCCGAUGGAGAUGGUGAUGAUCCUCUCUUUGUUUACUGUGAUAUGGAAACGGACGGAGGUCGCUGGACGGUAUUCCAGCGUAGACAAGAUGGAUCCGUUGACUUCUCUCUUUACUGGUCCGAGUACAAAAACGGUUUUGGAAACGUUUCCUCCGAGCACUGGCUCGGUAACGACAACAUCCACCGUCUUUCCCGUCAGAAGACCUACGAGCUACGGAUCGACCUCGAAGACUUCGAUGGACAAACGCGCUAUGCCACCUACAGCAAUUUCAGUAUUGCGGACGAGGUCGCAAAGUACAUCCUGGCCCUUGGCAACUACUCCGGAGACGCAGGUGACAGUAUGUCGUCUCAUGAAGGUUAUCCGUUCAGUACACGGGACCGCGAUCAUGAUGGUUUAGCGGGACACUGCGCCGGUUAUUACAAAGGAGGCUGGUGGUACAAUGACUGCCUUAGUGCUUACCUCAACGGCCUAUAUCUGAAAGGUCCAACCACGAUGAGAGAGAACGCCAUGAGUGUGUUCUGGGGUAAAUGGCGCGGUCCUUACUACUCCCUCAAGACGACGGAGAUGAAGCUUCGCUCGACGUAA